UGUGCGCACGCGCAACCUCUCAUUCGCCGGAAGUAAUUGCAACGAUGAAGAUGUCUAUUGAAGAAUGUGGAUAGAGGAAAAAAAAUGUUAAAUUAUGUAUUUUUAUCAGUGUCGUGUGCGUGUGCAGCAGUGUUGUUGUGUUUUUAUGUAGGAAUUAAAUCAACACCCUCGAGGCUGCUGAGCAGAAAAGAAUUAUCGUUGUAUGACGGACAGGAAGGCAGCAAAGGUGUUUACCUGGCCAUUUUAGGACAGGUGUUUGAUGUACAAACCGGCAUCAAACAUUAUGGACCAGGUGGUGCUUAUCGCUUUAUGGCAGGGAAGGAUUCUUCACUGGCUUUCAUCACUGGAGAUUUUACAGAAAAUAAUCUAAUAGAUGACGUUUCUACUUUGUCACCUUUGGAGGUCGUCGCCUUGUUUGACUGGUUGGCCUUUUAUCGGAGGACUUACAGUCCUGUAGGUUUGCUGGUAGGUCGCUUCUACUCAGAAAGCGGGGUGGCCACAGAGGACCUGCUGCGUGUUGAAGACAUGCUUAAAGAAGGCCAGCAGAUCAAAGCCAAGUUCGAAGAACAGACGCGUCGGUUUCCUGCUUGUAACUCAGAGUGGAGCCCCGCUAGUGGAGGAAGAGUUUGGUGCUCCACCAACAGUGGUGGACUACAAAGAAGCUGGAUAGGUGUACCACGGAAACUCUUUUCUCCAGGAGCUCGUGGUGUUCAAUGCGUUUGCGUGAAAGAUACAUCUGCAGCCACGAAUAACCUCAACCUUCAGGAAUAUGAAGGCUGCUCCACUUAUGCAGACUCCUGCCCUCUGUUAGAAAAUGAUUAAUCAAACCAGAAUUUUUUAGAAGCUUCUGUUCCGAAUGAUGUACACUUAAAUUUGUCAAAUUUACUGUAAUUCAUUAACUUGGCAAUGCAUUGCUUUAAUUGGUUAUCUGAAAAGGUAUGUUGUCAUACAAUCAGUAAAAAGGUCACAAAUCAAUCAAUCAAUGUUUACUUAUAUAGCCCUAAAUCACUAGUGUCUCAAAGGGCUGCACAAACCACCACGACAUCCUCGGUAGGCCCACAUAAGGGCAAGGAAAACUCACACCCAGUGGGACAUCGGUGACAAUAAUGACCCAGUGGGACGUCGGUGACAAUAAUGACUAUGAGAACCUUAGAGAGGAGGAAAGCAAUGGAUGUCGAGCGGGUCUAACAUGAUACUGUGAAAGUUCAAUCCACAAUGGAUCCAACACAGUCGCGAGAGUCCAGUCCAAAGCGGAUCCAACACAGCAGCGAGAGUCCCGUUCACAGCGGAGCCAGCAGGAAACCAUCCCAAGCGGAGGCGGAUCAGCAGCGCAGAGAUGUCCCCAGCCGAUACACAGGCAAGCAGUACAUGGCCACCGGAUCGGACCGGACCCCCUCCACAAGGGAGGGUGGGACAUAGAAGAAAAAGAAAAGAAACGGCAGAUCAACUGGUCUAAAAAGGGAGUCUAUUUAAAGGCUAGAGUAUACAAAUGAGUUUUAAGGUGAGACUUAAAUGCUUCUACUGAGGUUGCAUCUCGAACUGUUACCGGGAGGGCAUUCCAGAGUACUGGAGCAAAGAUUAGUCCGACUAUUGUGUUCUGUGGCCAUUUCACUCCAAAGUACCUAAACUGAACUUUAGAUUAAACAUUUUGAGUUAAUAAAUUACAUACAUUUGAGGCCAUUCUGACAAUAAAAUUGCAAUUGUGUCUAAA